CCAAAUCUGUUCAGAUAAAGAUACAAACUCAUCCACAUCUUGGAUGACCUAAAGGUGAGUAAAUUUUCAGCAAAUUUUCAUUUUUGGAUGUACUGUUUGUUUGUUUAUAUUAUUGUAAUAUUUUCAUGCUUUUAUAGUCUUAUAUGGCAGAUAAUAAGAUAAUAUAGUUUACAUUUUGUGACAAUACAUACAAAUAGACAGUUGGGAUUUGUGUUAUAGUGUAUAUUGCGUUACGUGAGUGUAUGUAUGCAGGUUAAAUUGAGCAUACUUCCAACUUUAAAUAAAGAGCUGUGCGAUAAUGUAGUUGCAUUUUGUGACUAAAUAACCAGGCAGUUGAGAAAGUGGGUAUUUGCUGCUGGUGCAAAAAUCACAGCAUUGCUUUGUGGUUGGUAUGGUGUUUGGGCGGUCCCUACACAUGUCCCUUUUUGCUACAGGUUUAUCGGCCACUGGUCUGAUUGUGCUUUUCAUGUCAAACUUUAAUACUUUAGGCUUAGGAGUUUCUUCACAACCUGAACCCCAGGUUUCAGGAUUGAGGAUAGCAAUGCUGCCUUUGCAGGAGGAGGGAAAGCUUGAACAUCCUUAUUGCAGGUCCAAUUUAUUUUGUCAUGUCAUAUCCAGUAUGAUUUUAUAUCUGUAUUUUGCUCCUCUAGAACAACAAUACAUGAACUGUCACCAUGACUGACACAUCACUAAUGAGCAUAUUGCACCUUGCUGUGUAUUUUCAUUUCUUCUCUGAAGCUGUAGGUUUCUGGCAUCUCAAGGACGGCGGGACACAGGCGGUCUUUUGUAUGCAGGUGUAAUGAGUCUCCCACACCCUGUUUCCCUAUCCAUCUCUUGCUUUGAGUUUGUGACUGGAAAGCUAAGCAGAGAUUCACCUCAAAGGACAAUUAAAUUUCCCCUGUUAGAGAGCUUCCUCUCAUUCGAGAGCUCGCUUGCUUGCUGGCUGGGUAACCAAAAGGGAAGGUAUAAAAACUCUGUUUUUCUCCCCCCACCCCAGCCCCAUUCACACACUCGCACUUUCUUUUCUGGCCAAGAGGUUCAAUGUGUCAUCUCCCAAAAGCAAUUGAGGAGUGCUGCUGCAAUACUGCCCACCACUAGCCGUUAGGGAAAGCGUCCAGAAGAUAUAACCGUAUUCUAUCUUACCGCAGGGCACCAGAGUUUUAUUAAAAUUAAGGUUAAAAGUCUGGUCACUUCGAAGAUGGCAGAAAACUCCAAUGAAAUUGACCAAAGGGGAUUCAGGUACAAAAAAAGGACCAAAAAUUUUUUAUAAAUACUGUGGAACUACAAAGUUUUUUAUUCAAAAAGUGGCACCAUGAUGCAAUAUAUAAGUUUGUAUUUGAUUUGAUUUUAAGAGAUGUUGCUGCAACAUGGUAUCGUAGUUAUACAAUUUAUCUUUAUUUUAUUUUUUUAAAUGCAUGGUCUACAGUUGGUUAUUGUUAGUGUGCCAUUUUGGGGUAACAGGUGCAGUUAUACUUUUGAAUCAAACAUUUUGAAAGUUCAAAUGUUGGGUAAAAGUACUGUAAAAGGUAUCAUGGUAAUGAUAAUAUAUCAAUAAUAUAUCAAGCCACUAUGAUUUACUGAAAGAUUAAUCAUGCCAUUCCAUUGUUUAUUUAAUUUUGCUUACUUAUUUUGAGCAACAUAAGCACACAUUCAGGGAUGCCCAAAAUUGCGGUCUAGACAGAUCACUAGAUUUUGAGACAAAACCAAAGUAGUUUCUGAUUUAUUGUAAGAACAAUAAAUUCAUUGCUAUAAAAAAAAUACCCAUUAUAAAAUGGUCCUUUGAUUUAGCGAAUGAUUACCAUUUUGGUGUUCAAUGGUAUUAUGGUAUUUAUAUUUAUAGUGGCCUACUUUUUUUUAUAGUGUCCAGAAUUUUUGAGGAUCAGGUCCGUUCAGACGUUUAAAUGGAACAUUUGAUGGCCAAAAUUUAUUUUGACAGCUCACUAGAUUUGGAAACCAAAUUCUGAUUAAAGACUAAAUUGUUUUACAAUACUAUAGCCUUGUGCUUUUGUAUUAGGCUACCAUUGUCGUGUACUAUAGGUACGUUAAAGAAUAUUUGGUGUUUACUGUUUACACAGCAUUUUUGAACAUCAUAGAUGCGCUUAAAUCGAACAAUUGAUGGCCAGAAAUGCUGUUUAUGCAGACAGCUCACUAUUAAAGACACGGACAUAGUGCUUUACGAUUUAUCAACCGAUUCAGAACUCGUGUAUUGACGUGGUGCUGAGGAAUACUUGAGUAUUUUUGUUAUUUAUACUGCGCAACAUCGAUGUUUACCACAGCUCAACCGGAUUUUAAAAGCCGUGGGCGUUUGAAAAAACGGGAUAUUUGAAAAAUCGUUUCCCCACAUCAAUAGAUUAAACGUCCCCAAAGGUUUCAGAUCCAUAUCUGACACCACACCUCAUAAAUAUUGGAUGGCUUCUGUAAUAUUAAAAAUUGAUGUUUUCAAUUUAAGUUUUCAAAGCGGAGUGUCCGCGGUGAGGGAGGGCGAGUGGAGGUCCAGUCAGACUCUACCUGCUGAUCAAACGCGCGCUUUCUCCUCAGGUGCGCGAGGGGCUCAGACUCACACGGACCGAUGAUGUUCCCUCAGUCCAAAUUGUAAGGAAAGCCGCUUCUCUGCGUCAGUUUGGUGGGCUAUACUGUACGUGUGACGACUGAGACCCAGAUUUUGGAGUCAUUUGAAGACUUAACUCAAACUCCCGAGGAGCUGCAAUGGCAUCGAUCGGGGAGUUUGAUCCGUUAAACAGCAGCGUACCUGCGACCAAAAUAGAGAUCACCGUCUCGUGCAGGAAUUUGCUGGAUGCUGAUACCUUCUCAAGGUCAGCACCAGUGGUUGUGUUGUAUGUUCAAGGAAUUGGUACUAAGGAGUGGAGAGAGUUUGGUCGAACAGAAGUGAUUGACAACACUCUGAACCCGGACUUUGUGAGGAAGUUUGUCUUGGAUUACUUCUUUGAAGAAAAGCAGAACCUUCGGUUUGAUGUAUACAAUGUGGACUCCAGAAGCUCAAACAUCUCAAAACAUAAGUCCUUCCUCGGCCAGACUUUCUGCACUCUAGGAGAGAUUAUUGGGUCCUCUGGGUCAAGACUCGAGCGGGUGCUUUCGGGGAUUCCUGGGAAGAAAUGUGGGAGCAUUAUCUUCACAGCUGAGGAACUCAGCAAUUGUCGGGACAUUGCAACCAUGCAACUCUGUGCUAACAAGUUGGAUAAAAAGGAUUUCUUUGGGAAGUCUGAUCCCUUCCUGGUGUUUUACCGCAGCAAUGAAGAUGGCACGUUCACUAUCUGUCACAAAACAGAAGUGAUAAAGAAUACUUUGAACCCUGUGUGGCAGCCCUUCACCAUCCCAGUGCGAGCUCUCUGUAACGGAGACUAUGACAGAACAGUGAAGGUUGAUGUUUAUGACUGGGACAGAGAUGGAAGUCAUGACUUCAUCGGAGAGUUUACGACCAGCUACAGAGAGCUGUCUCGCGGACAGAGCCAAUUCAAUGUUUAUGAGGUUCUGAAUCCCAAGAAGAAAGGCAGGAAAAAGAAAUACGUCAACUCUGGCACGGUAACACUUUUGUCCUUCAAAGUGGAAUCGGAGUACACAUUUGUGGACUUCAUUCGAGGAGGAACCCAGCUGAACUUCACUGUAGCCAUAGACUUCACCGCCUCUAAUGGAAACCCAUCACAGCCGACAUCGCUCCACUACAUGAACCCGUAUCAGCUGAAUGCGUAUGCCAUGGCCCUUAAAGCCGUGGGGGAAAUCGUCCAGGAUUAUGACAGUGACAAACUCUUCCCUGCCUAUGGCUUUGGAGCUAAACUUCCUCCUGAUGGCAAGAUCUCUCAUGCUUUUCCCCUGAACUCCGACUGUGAGAAUGCAAACUGCGUCGGCAUCGAAGGCGUGCUGGAGGCUUACUAUGACUGUCUCCGGAAAGUGCAGCUCUACGGCCCCACCAACUUUGCUCCUGUCAUCAACCAGGUGGCACAGUGUGCGUCAGAGGUGACAGAUGGCUCUCAAUACUUCGUGCUGUUGAUCAUCACAGACGGUGUCAUUUCCGACAUGGUACAGACUAGAGAAGCUGUGGUCACCGCGGCGUCUCUGCCCAUGUCAGUCAUAAUUGUAGGAGUUGGCCCGGCUGAAUUUGAUGCAAUGGAAGAGUUGGAUGGAGAUGAGGUCAGGGUGUCCUCCAGGGGACGUGCUGCUGAGAGAGACAUUGUCCAGUUUGUGCCAUUCCGGGACUACAUCGACCGAUCCGGGAACCAGGUGCUCAGCAUGGCCCGACUGGCCAAGGACGUACUGGCUGAGAUACCCGACCAGCUGCUGUCGUUCAUGAAGAGCAGAGGCAUUGAACCCAGACCAGCCCUCUCCCCCUCCCCCUCUCCCACACCACAGAUAAACGUCCACCUCUGAUCCCAGAGCAGUAUUUUACUCUAAAACACAGCUAUAUGUUCACAUCUGAAACCCCCGGCUCCAUCACUGGGGAUGCACCUUUUUACUUUCCGCAUCGGUUAGCAGUAGCACAUAAUGUAGUUACAAUAAUAAUCAACUGAAAUCAGGAACACGUUAAUGUAAGUGUGUGGUGUUAAUCUUUAUAACCAGCCAGUGAUCAAUCAAAAACACAACAGUUUGUGUUGACUUUGGGAGUAUAAAGGGGCUGAAUUUACUGGAAAGAAAUGUCUAGGUCAUAUUUCCCCCCAAAAUCUAAAGGUGAGAAAAGCAAUAAAAUAAAAUUGUACAUAAAAUACAAUUUACAUGAAUUCAAAUGAACCCCAUAUACAGUUCAUCAACCUAAAAUUAUUUAACUUAUUUACUGAAGUUAUAUUAUAAAUUUAUAAUUACAACUAUAUCUAGGACAAUUGUAUUAAAUUGUCAUGAAAAAAGUCAAAAUGAAGAAAGAAAUUAAUCCUUAAAAGAGAAUUUCCAGAAAUAUGGUACACUUUGGUAUUUGAUAACUAUUAGACAAAUAUUAUAAUAAAUAAUA